AUGACUGUUAUGCCACCAAAGAAACUAAAGGUCGCAUCUUUAUGUGAACUAUGCCACUCGAGAAAGGCGGUUAUGAAAAGACCAAAAAACCUAAUGAAGCUUUGUAAAGAGUGUUUCUACAAUGUUUUUGAAACUGAGAUACACAAUACAAUCACAUCAAAUCAGUUAUUUCAUCCAGGUGAAAAAGUGGCAAUAGGAGCCUCGGGUGGUAAGGACUCAACUGUUUUGGCGUCUAUUCUCAAAACGUUGAAUGAGCGAUACAGCUAUGGCUUAACACUUGUGCUCCUCUCGAUCGAUGAAGGGAUAAAGGGUUAUCGAGAUGACUCCUUGGCAACAGUGAAGCGUAAUCAGCAACAAUAUGAAAUGGAGUUGGAGAUCAUAUCGUAUAAAGACUUGUACAACUGGACUAUGGAUGAAGUAGUGGGGUGUGCUGGUAUUAGAUCCUCGUGUACGUAUUGCGGAGUACUUCGUCGUCAAGCGUUGGAUCGAGGUGCAGCAAAAUUAGGAAUAAAUCAUGUUGUUACUGGUCACAAUGCUGAUGAUAUGGCAGAAACAGUUUUGAUGAACUUGUUGAGAGGAGACGCCAACCGUUUGGAAGGAAGUACGAGGAUUAUGACACAGUCGGCUGAUUCGCCAAUAAAGAGAUCAAAGCCAUUCAAGUAUACAUACCAGAAGGAGAUUGUUUUGUAUGCACAUUAUAAAAAGUUGGACUAUUUUUCAACCGAAUGUUCGUAUGCCCCAGAAGCAUUCAGAGGAACUGCAAGAGAGCUUUUAAAAGGAUUGGAGAGUAUACGGCCUUCUUGUAUUAUGGAUAUCAUAUACAGUGGUGAGCAUCUAGUUUUAUCUAAAAAGAAAAAGAAGCAGACUGUCAAGUAUAAAAACAAAAAGGCAGAGGAGAUUGAGGUAAAUCCAGAUGGGUCAGUGUCAACUAAUCGUUGCAUUAGAUGUGGAUACUUGUCGUCAAAUGAGAUUUGCAAAGCAUGUACUUUGCUUCAAGGGUUGGAGAUGAGCCGACCUAAGUUGGCUGUUGAUAGUGAAGCAGAUGGUGCUGCCAAGUUGACAAAAACAUUAGAGGGACUAAGUUUUUAG